AUGCAAUCAUCACUCGUCUGCUACCAAAAACCAUUUGAUGACGAGUCAUCUUCAAAUUGGAAGACUCCUGCUGCGGAGCUUCCUCAAGAUGUUUUGUUUGAAAUCUUUUCUUUUCAGUUUCCAAAUUUUCUAUUUGAGUGUCUGAUUUUUGUUUGCAGAUAUUGGAACCAGUUAAUAGCGUCGGAAGAUUUUUGUAAUUAUUAUGUUCAAGAAACUAAAAAUGUAGUGAAAUCUCUGUUGUAUCCAACUCUCGAUAGAUCCAAUGAUUUGACAAAACAGAUGGCUUUGCAAUUAUGUUUUGAUUGGGUCGAAUUUAUUCCGUUUCCUGAUCAAAUGUUUUCGAACUACAAAAACAUUUUUUUGAAAUUGAAACACGAACUUCGCCUUAAAGAAAUCAACAAAGAACAAAUUCAACAGAUUAAGGAUGCAAUUCAAAGAGCCAACGUUACCUCGAAAUAUGACAUUUUGAAUUGUUUGGAAAAAUAUGGAUGUAGAGAAUUUUCAAUUCCCAUCAAUACAAAACGGGGUUCAUUGUUUGGGAUUUUAUCACAACCAUCAUUGGGAUAUGUUUCAUCUGAACACUUAUUUUUGAUAUUUGCGUUUUUGGAUGGUUUUGGCCAUUUGACGAAUGCAAUCGAAACUGCUACUUCUUAUCAAAUCACAUCCUGUGUCACGUUAGACAUAGGUUUUGAAUCUGUUCAAGAAGUGAUGAAUACUGAAUGGUUGGAAACUCACUUUUCUGACUAUUGCGAAUCAAUAUCUACGUGUUGUUUCAUGUCACUGUUGGAAUAUAUUUCAGAAGUGAACAACCCUUUAUCAACAUUUAUUGAAAAACCUAUUGAAAAACGACGAUAUUUUAUUUUUCAAAUGUUUGGAACUACAUGUGGAUCUAGUUUUAGAUACGAACGGCUCUUGAAUAAUGAUUUUUUGGAUAUGUGGAAUUUAUUGGCUUUUAAGGUAUUUGAAGAUAUGCAAGACUGUGAGAAAUUCUUUAAAAAGAACGGUAUAAUGUUUAAAUAG